CCCCUCCGCGCAGGCGCCGGCUCCACCCCCCGGCUGCCCGGCGCUUCCGGGUCCGCUCCAGGGUGGGCUGCGCGCCGAGAGCCGCGAUGGGGCCUCCGGGUUCCCGCGCGCCGCUGGGCCAGCUUUCCCGAAGGAUGGGGCAGAAAAAGCAGCGACUGUUGACGGCAAAGCGGCAUCAGGCCCCACCCGAUGGGGCCCAAAUAUCUUCCUCCAAGGAGCCCCGAAUGGCGCCGCCCAUGACCCCAGGCCCCCAGCGCAGCAUCUAUUUCUCAAGCCUAAAGGGCCACCCUGCUCGCCUGGGAUCCGAGUUUUUUGACCAGCCCGCAGUCCCCCUGGCCCGGGCAUUUCUGGGACAGGGCCGGGGGCCGGGCGGGGUGCCACGGGCCGUGUCCUCUGCAGUCAGGCCGGGUGAUGAAGCCCAGGAAGGCCGCACCCUGCGGACCAGACAUUCGGUCUUGGUGCGACACCUGGGGGACGGCACCGAGCUCCGUGGGCGCAUCGUGGAGACGGAGGCGUACCUGGGGCCGGAGGACCAGGCUGCCCACUCGAGGGGGGGCCGGCAGACACCUCGCAACCGCGGCAUGUUCAUGAGGCCGGGCACCCUGUAUGUGUACCUCAUCUACGGCAUGUACUUCUGCAUGAACGUCUCCAGCCGGGGCGACGGGGCGUGUGUCUUACUGCGAGCGCUGGAGCCCCUGGGGGGCCUGGAGGCCAUGCGGCAGCUACGCCACACUGUUCGCAAAGGUGCUGCCAGCCGAGCCCUCAAAGACCGGGAGCUCUGCAGCGGCCCCUCCAAGCUGUGCCAGGCCCUGGCCAUCGACAAGAGCUUCGACCAGCGGGACCUGGCCACGGAUGAGGCUGUGUGGCUGGAGCGGGGUCCCUCAGGGUCUGGUGAGCCAGCUGUGGUGGCAGCAGCCCGCGUGGGCAUAGGCCACGCAGGAGAGUGGGCCCAGAAGCCCCUGCGCUUUUACAUCCAGGGCAGCCCCUGGGUCAGCGUGGUGGACAGAGCAGCUGAGCGGGACGCGCAGGCUGGGCACAGACCUGCUCAUGAGGAGUUUUAAUUGUUCAGAAACGAAAUAAAUGCUGUGCUUCUAGAAAA